CUUCGAGGAAAGAACAUGGCCGCACGCUGCGUUUGAGCUUUUCCUCAACAUGUGAAAUUGUCCGUGUUAAUCGGUGAGCUUUCCAUAUCGUUGACGAAAAAAAUAUGGGAGAUCUCAGUGCCACGACAAUCGGGACACUCGAAAGACCACCAUCACCAGCAAGACUGUCAUACACAUCGGACAAGCACUCCAAGUUCCUUUUAGAAGAAAUACAUCGACUUAGGAAGCAUAGAGAAUUGUGCGACGUCGUCCUCAACGUGGGAACGCGAAAGAUUUUCGCGCACAGAGUUAUAUUGUCAGCAUGCAGUCCAUACUUCAGAGCCAUGUUCACUGGGGAGUUGGCAGAAUCAAGGCAAACAGAGGUGACCAUCCAUGAUGUGGAUGAGCAGGCAAUGGAUUUACUGGUGGACUUCUGCUACACAUCUCAGGUUGUAGUUGAGGAAAGCAAUGUCCAGACACUACUUCCUGCAGCUUGCUUGCUGCAGCUGACGGAAAUCCAAGAUGUUUGUUGUGAAUUUCUUAAAAGACAAUUGGACCCUUCGAACUGUCUUGGCAUCAGAGCUUUUGCAGAUACCCAUGCCUGCAGAGACCUAUUACGUUUUGCUGACAAGUUUACACAGCACAACUUUCAGGAGGUCAUCAGCAGUGAAGAAUUCAUGCUACUGCCAGUAAAUCAGCUCAUCGACAUCAUCAGCAGUGAUGAGUUGAAUGUUCGGUCAGAGGAGCAAGUCUACACUGCUGUUAUGGCUUGGGUCAAGUCUAAUAUGGCUGAGAGGAGGCAGAAUCUCCCACAGGUACUGCAACAUGUGAGACUGCCGCUGUUGAGUCCAAAAUUCUUGGUUGGAACUGUGAGCUCAGAGUUAUUAAUCCGAUCAGAUGAUGUCUGUCGAGACCUUGUUGAUGAAGCCAAAAACUACCUGCUCCUUCCCCAAGAAAGACCAUUGAUGCAAGGUCCACGUACACGGCCCAGGAGACCAUCACGCAGGGGAGAAGUUCUUUUUGCUGUAGGCGGCUGGUGUAGUGGGGAUGCCAUCCAGUCUGUUGAAAGAUAUGAUCCUCAGACCAAUGAAUGGCGAAUGGUAGCUUCCAUGUCAAAGAGGCGAUGUGGAGUUGGAGUGGCAGUGCUCUCUGAUCUCCUGUAUGCAGUUGGUGGUCAUGAUGGGCAAUCCUAUUUGAACUCCAUUGAGCGGUAUGAUCCACAGACAAAUCAGUGGAGCAGUGAAGUUGCGCCCACAAGUUCAUGCCGUACAAGUGUAGGAGUUGCUGUUCUUGAUGGCUACUUGUAUGCAGUUGGUGGUCAAGAUGGUGUUUCUUGCCUCAAUUAUGUUGAAAAAUAUGAUCCUAGUCUGAAUCGGUGGACUAAAGUGGCUAGUAUGAGCACAAGGCGACUUGGAGUUGCUGUUGCCGUCCUGGAUGGUCACCUGUAUGCUGUAGGAGGUUCUGAUGGAACGUGUCCCCUCAAUACAGUUGAGCGGUAUGAUCCUAGAAGUAACCGCUGGUACCCUGUUGCCCCUAUGUCCACACGUAGAAAGCAUCUAGGAUGUGCAGUGUACAACAACAUGAUCUAUGCAGUUGGUGGAAGAGAUGACUGCAUGGAAUUGUCAUCAGCAGAACGCUACAACCCUCAGAUCAAUCAGUGGAGUCCGAUUGUAGCGAUGAACUCUCGACGCAGUGGAGUUGGUUUGGCUGUUGUCAAUGGUCUCUUGUAUGCAGUGGGAGGUUUUGAUGGAACCACUUACUUGAAGAGUGUGGAAGUGUUUGACCCAGAUCAAAAUCAAUGGAGGUUGGUGGGCUCCAUGAACUGCCGCAGACUUGGCGGUGGAGUUGGGGUGGUAAAGAUGCCUCAACAAGAACAACAUCUUUGGUGAUCUCCUCCUUCCUUGCUUUCAUUUUCACAUUCUCUUAGUCCCUGGUGUGGGGCUCUUUUUCUCCCAUGAACCUUAUGACCAUUGUUUCCCCUGUGCCCCCUCACUGUUUUUCUUGAUCUAGUUUGUUUCCACUUCAGCAUUGAUCCUUUGCAUUUUUUUGGACUGUUGGUAAUUUCCCUGCAAAUUUGUCUCCAUGCCAUAUGGGUCACACAAAUAUUGUUCCUCCUCCCUCGCAAGUUUUUCUUCUGUUUUCUACCUAAGCAUUAACCUGGAAAUGUAAGAUUUAGAUCUGUUGGGGAAGCUGCUAGCUACCAGAGGUGCAGGAUAUGCUGGACUUGGUGGCUUUGUUUUCUAUUGAGAGUUAUAUUAUGAUUAUUAAAAGAGAAAACAGAAAUGAAGGC